AUGUCGAACGAUACUCUCACGUGGCUAUUGACCAAGAACACCUCGUGCUUCGUUGUGAAGCGCAAUGGCAACGAGUUUGCACGCGAAAAGUUCAAUUUGCUAAACCGCAACUGCCGCAAAUACUCAGGUCUGGCUUGCACCAAGGCUGUGGACAUCUCGGCAUCGGACAAGAAGUUGGUGCUUACCACGAAGAUCGGGAAGGCUGCUAAGAAGCCUAUUAAGGCUGAGAACGUCGUGCCCCUUCGCAAGGGCGCUCGCGGUGGUGCCAACACCAUUCGUGCCAAUAUUUCUCGCAACUACUACCGUCGUGAUUUGAAGAAGGCCGCUCUAGCCAAGUGGUCGCGUCUGUCCACGGUUGCUAAGGUCGAGAAGGGUGUUCUUCAGAAGAAGGCUAUCCGUAGUCGUCGCAUCAAGGCGUAA